AUGGACAAACCACCCCCAUCAGCUCCCCCCUCGUCGUCGAACAAGAACCCUUCUUCGUCGCACGGCUACGUCUCCUCGUCAGGCCACAUUUUAGAAACACCUCCGCUCUCCGCCCGCAUCCUCCGCCUCUCGGACUCGCUCUACAACUUUUUGGGACUGUACUUUGUAUCCCUCUUCUCCUUGGACCCGUACACGGCCGCGCAGAACAGCCAGUUCAAUACUCGCGGACGGCCGAACGCGUACCAGGAGAGGCCGAGAUGGAGUGGCGGCGGGACGAAUCGUCUCGGCGGCGGCGGUGGGGGUAGCAGCAGUACCUGGGGAAGAGGCGGUGGCGGUGGUGGUAGUAGCGGUGGGAAUGGUGGGACAAGGAGGAUGGGAGGGAUUGAUGAUGUGCGGGCGCCGGAGUGUGGGAGCUGUGGGUGA